AUGAUGUCCAUUCUUUCUAUCCUCUCCCUCCCUCUCUUCCACCACCUCGCCUCCGCAGGCACCAUCUACCACAGCAACUUCACCUCCGGACUAUCUCCCUUCUCCGCCUGCAAUGUAGAAUCCCCAUCCUACUCCACCGCCACAGACGGCAACCUCACCGUCUACUUCGACGAGUCCUACUACGACGGCACGCGCGACCGCAAAGGCGCCGAGAUCUGCGUCUUUGAGAACGACACCACCACCAAUGUGGCCCAAAUGACCAAGGAAGGCUGGCAGGGCUUUUCUAUCUAUGUGCCCUCGGACACCUACCCGACGGACAAGAGCGCCAUCAUCGCCCAGCAGUUCUGCCCCGGCGGGUGCUCCUCGUGGUGUGGCACCGUCGAGAUCGUGAACAAUACUCUGCAGACUACGCACCGUGCUGCUUGCUCUACUGGCACUACGGCGACAAUUGUGGAUGAUAUUGAAAGAGAUGCGUGGCAUAGUGUCGUGGUGCAUAUGCGCGUGUCGGAGGAUAGUGACGGUGCUUAUGAGGUCUGGUGGGAUGGAGAGCAGGUUUACAGUG